CAAUCGAUUGGUUGGUCAUUUACAUGAGCUGUCUAUGAUCAGCGGUUCAUGCGCAAGGCAAACGUAAUCGGUGUCUCUUCCAACCACCCAACCAUGGCAUCCAUCCACCCAACAGCCACCAACACCAAGCCCGUGCUACCUCUCCACCCAUGCACAUCCGUGUGCUCGUGUAAUGUGAUGUGAUUGAUGUGUUGGAUCGUCCCUCACCCCACCCCUCCCAACCCCCCCUCUCUCUCUGUCUCGCUCUCUUGUCUCUGUGCAGCCCAGAACGUUGUCAUGCUGGUUGGUCGUUGGGGCAUACAUGAGUGAGAGAGGACAUAGAGAGGGAGAGAGGACGGCAAGGGGGAGGGGCAGAGAGGCGGGCGAAAGUGGUAGCUAGACAAAACUGCUGUGUGUGCUGUGGGUGUUGUGUGUGUUGGUGGGAUUGGUGGCUUACAACGAGGCGUGCCGUUUUGGCUACCGAACGAGCAAACAAGCAUGCGAGCGAGCGAAUCCAUCCAUCCAUCCAGCAAAAAUAUCAGCGAUGGUGUAUGGGUGGAAUGGGUGGGUGGGGUGUGGCGGGAUAGGAAAGCAGCAAAGGCUGAUCAGCAUAGCUUAGAUAGAUAGAUGUAUAGAUGUACAUAUUUAGGUAUACGUAUGUCUUUACGUAUGCAAGACAAUAGGAUAGGAUAGGACGGGGCAUAGGAUAGGUAGGGAUCAAUCAUGACAUGCACGACCUACCUGCACGUCCACACCACCGACAAAUGCAAUCAAUGCAGACAUCACUGCACGAAGCGGCCAGGCCAUCAUAUCAUCAGCAACCCAAAUCAGUCGAAUCAAUCCACACGCAAGACGUUGACUGACAAGGCGGACAGCCAGGCGAAGAGAGUGGCGUUGGUUGGGUGGUGGGUGGGUCAUCUCACUCACUUAACGAACAGGCGGGCACAGGAGAGCCACGUCACGUAUGCAGACGGACGGAUCGGUGUGUGUGUUGGUUUGCACACAUCCCUCUCUCUCUCUCUCUCUCUUCGGCCCUUUGUGUCAUUUCUCUGCGUAUGUGUGGGCGUGUGCCGAUUGUGUUGUGUUGGGGUGUGUUGGGUGUCUGCAAGAGGUGGAUAGGCGUCUCUGUGUGAUCUGACUGACUUGUCCUAUGAGCUAUGAGCUAUGGCUAUCACCACACGCACGUCACGUACGCAAGCAGGCCAUAAAUAUGAAAUCACACCAGACCACAAUCCACGACAUCCAUCCAUUCAUCCAUCCAUCCAUGUGUGAAUGCAACGCCAUGCAAUCAAUGGAGGUACGUCACCAAGCCAGUAGUAUGUGUAUGUGUAUGUGUAUGUGUGGUUACUCACAUGACAGGUGCGGGUCCAGCGGCGCCCUCCGCGCCCUGCUGCUGGCCCGGCAGGCCAUACGGCGCCAUGGGUGCCCCGGGAGACGGCACGUACGGGCCGCCCAACGGGUACAUGCCCUGCACCGCGCCCACCAUCUGCGGCGGCACGGCAGGCACGCCGCCCAUCGUCACGCCAGGGAGCGGGCCUGAUGGCAUGACCACGGGUGCGCCCCCUCCGGGCGGGAUGACGGCCUGUGCUUGCGAGGGGUAGAAGAGGUGGCUGGGGCCGGUGGUGGCGAGCUCCCCGCGGACCGUGUAGCCCAGCUGCAGCUGCGGCACGUGGUGGUAGUACACCUGGCCGAUCUCCCCCUGAGGACCCUGCACACAGUCAUGACAGACACAGACAUUCAUGGAUGGAGGGAGGGAGGGAGGGAGGGUGUGUUUGGGUGCGGUGGGUUACCACGACGGAGGGGAUCUGUGCGUAGUCUAUGAAAUAUCUGAACUCGGCGGCCUUCAUCUGCUGCUCGUACUGACUGCAAUCAAUAUUGAUCACACAACCACAACCACCACACACUUCUCUGUCUGCUGCGUGCCUGUCUGUGCUUGUGUUUGGUGUGUGGUGCGCUGCUGCGUACGUGUGAAUGGGAUCGGCUACGUCCACCUCCUUCUGCACCUUGACCUCAUGCGGCACCGGCACCUCCCUGACAAACCAGGCCAUCCCAGCAAACACACACACACACACGUGUGCAGAUUGAUGGUCUCACUGUGAGUGUGCUGUGCUGUGCUGUUGUGUGUACCUUUCGACGAUUUUCUCGACAGGUUUGUCUCGGUAGACGUGUUUGGGCACCUCGAUGGUCUUCUCCAUCUCCUUGUACUGAGGCACCGGCACCUGACGCUCAGUGAUGCUCACCUAACCAGCCCCCCACACACAGCGCACCAGAACACACAGAACACACAAAACACACAAAACACACAUACACACGUGCAUGGCUGGGUGCAUCACGUAACACACCUUCCUCUCUCUCUCUCUCUCUCCUUCUCUCUCUGUGUGUGUGUGCUUGCUUACGGCGAGUUGGGGCACCUCGACCAGUUUUUCGACGGGGACCUGGCGUUCGACUCGGUAGGGCACGUCCACCUUCUUGGUCAGCACCUGCGUGUACACCUGAGGCACCUCGAUGCGCUUCUCGUACGGAACCUACACACCACACAACCACACACACACACAGACACACAGAAAGGCGAAUAUGGGUGUGUUGUGUUGGUGUCUGUAGGGUGUGAUGUGUGGGUGCGGACGAUGGGUACCACACAUACCAUUUGCAGAGCGUAGUGUGGGACUUCGACGAGUUUGUGUUCGUAGACGGGCUUGGGGACGUGCACCUCGCGCUCCUCCACCACGGGCUUGGGCACGUACACGACGUUCUCCUGCGUCACCUCCUCCACCUGCUCUAUCAACUUCUCCUCAUACUAUACCACACCACCAACACACACACACACACACAUUUGUGGGUGCGUGCGUGUUGUGUGUGGGUGUGUGUUGGCGGGGUGCGGCUGGCCACCUCACCUUGUACUGGGGGACUUCGAUGAGUCGUUCCUCGGUCAUGUACUUGGGCACGUGCUUGACGCGCUCCUGCAGCUCGAUCUUGGGCACGGGCACUACCUUCUCGUGGACAAUCAUGUGGCUCACGGGCUGCUCCUUGACCUGGUACGUCACCUGCGGCACCUCAACCUCCGUCACCACAGGCACCGGACGCAACACCUCACCAACAAUACGUUGCUGAACCACACAACACACAACACAACACACAGCCACAGAGAGACCACAACACACACAUCAGAUGACGGUCUUUCGCCCUCCCCAGUGUCUUUCCUCUCUCUGGUUCCGCCCCCCCAGCGCCCCUCUCUCCCUCCCCUCUGCCCGAACUCAUGCCCACCUGCACGAUGCGGUCUCCCUCCUUGUAGCUCUGCCCCAGCUGGUGUGGAGUGGGUCUGAAGACCGAGCCCUCCUUCGCGGGCAGGCCACCAGGGUACCCAGGGGCACCAGGGGCACCAGGGGCGCCGAAAGGAGGGGCAGCACCGGGCGGCAUGGCUCCAGGAGGGCCGGGCAUGGCGCCAGGUGGGAAACCGUAGGGCACGGCACCGGGCGGCAUGGCUCCGGGGUAGGGAGGCACACCAGGGGGCACACUGGGAGGGGGAGGACCGCCGUACAUCGUCAAUUAGCUAUCACAAAGGGAAAACUCGUCAAACAGGCGACGGAACCGGGUUUUGCACAGG